GCAGAAGCAUCAUAUUGAACAAGUUUCUGAUGAUCUUUCUGCUUUCAUGGGGAAGAAGCUUUCAUGGCAAAAAUUGCGAAGAAAUGAUUCUCUCGACAUGGAAUCACGCAGAUUCUCCAAAUCCUCUCUUUGUAGAGGGCCAUCGAUGUCAGUGAUUAUGCAGCUAGCGUUUCAAAGCAUCGGAAUUGUUUACGGCGACAUAGGUACUUCACCGUUGUAUGUGUAUGCAAGUACCUUCGUGGAUGGAAUAAAGAACAACGAUGACAUAUUGGGUGUUCUUUCUUUGAUCUUAUAUACCAUCACUCUCAUUCCUCUUGUUAAGUACGUAUUCAUCGUCUUAAAGGCCAAUGAUAACGGCGAUGGAGGGACUUUCGCUUUAUACUCUCUGAUAUGUCGAUAUGCGAAAGUGGGAAUGACUCCAAAUCAACAAGUUGAAGAUACAGAAGUAUCUAAUUAUAAGUUGGAAUUGCCAAAGAACAACCGUAUAAAGAUGGCUUCAAGGCUUAAGUCUAAGCUUGAGAACAGUUCCUUUGCCAAGCUCUUCCUCUUGCUAGUUACCAUGCUUGGCACUUCAAUGGUCAUUGGGGAUGGUGUUCUCACUCCUUGCAUUUCCGUUUUAUCUGCUGUUGGAGGGAUCAAGGAAGCCCAUUCUUCAAUAACAGAGAAUGCGGUUGUUGGAAUAUCCAUAGCAAUCCUGAUAUGCCUUUUCAUGGUUCAAAGAUUUGGAACUGAUAAAGUAGGCUACAGUUUCGCUCCUAUUAUUUGUGUGUGGUUCGCCUUCAUUGGAGGCAUUGGUCUCUUCAAUUUCAUCAAGUACGAUCCAACAGUUGCCAAAGCAAUAAAUCCAAAAUACAUCGUAGAUUACUUCAGAAGAAACAAGAAAGAUGCUUGGAUUUCUCUUGGUGGUGUUGUGCUGGCCAUAACAGGAACUGAAGCACUAUUUGCUGAUGUUGGACAUUUCACAGUUCGUUCCAUACAAAUAAGCAUGUGCUCUGUGACAUACCCUGCUCUCCUACUUGCCUACACUGGACAAGCCUCAUUUCUUCGCAAAAACAACGAUCUCGUUUCAGACACUUUCUACAAGUCCAUACCACAUCCUUUAUAUUGGCCAAUGUUUAUUGUUGCUGUUAUGGCAUCCAUUAUAGCUUCUCAAGCCAUGAUCUCCGGGACUUUCUCCAUCAUCCAACAAUCCCUCUCACUUGGAUGUUUCCCUCGCGUGAAAAUAGUUCAUACAUCAGCCAAGUACGAAGGACAAGUUUACAUCCCCGAAAUCAAUUUCAUUCUUAUGAUUGCAUGCGUUGCAGUCACAGCCGGAUUCAAAAGCACCACAAAAAUAGGCAAUGCUUAUGGGAUAGCUGUGGUGUUCGUAAUGACACUUACAUCUGCUUUGGUGGUGUUAAUCAUGAUCAUGAUAUGGAAGACUCAAAUACUUUUGGUUAUCAGUUACGUGCUUAUCAUUGGUUCUGUUGAGCUUAUCUAUUUAAGCUCUGUGCUAUAUAAAUUCAGAGAAGGAGGGUAUCUUCCUCUUGCAUUUGCUGCGGUGCUAAUGAGCAUCAUGUGCAUUUGGCAUGACGUGUACAGGAGGAAGUACUAUUACGAAUUGGAUCAUAAGAUUUCUCCAGAGAAGCUUAAGGGGAUUACUAGUGGAAAAAACUUAGCUCGAAUGCAUGGACUUGCCAUAUUUUAUUCUGAACUUGUUCAAGGCAUUCCACCAAUUUUCGAACAUUAUGUUACAAACAUUCCUGCAAUACACUCUGUGGUUGUGUUUGUGUCGAUCAAAUCAUUGCCUGUUAGCAAAGUUGCUGCAGAAGAGCGGUUUCUGUUUAGGCAAGUGGAACAUGAAGAACUCAGUGUGUUUCGAUGUGUGGCCAGAUACGGAUACACUGAUGUGCAGAACGAGGAAGAGGCUUUUGAGAAUUUGUUGGUUAAGAGGCUGAAGGAAUUUAUAGGUGGUGGAUUUUUGGCAUCCGAAAGAGUUGUACUUGAAGAUAAAACUGAAGAAAUAGUGAAUAGUGGUGAGUUUGAAGGUGUUGAAAAAGAGGUGGAAGCCAUUGAAAAAGCAGUGCGAGGAGGUGUUGUUCAUUUGAUUGGUGAGAGUGAGGUGGUUGCUAGCAAAGGAGCCAGCAUAAGGAAAAGGAUUCUGAUAAACUAUGCUUACAAUUUCUUGAAAAAGAACUUGAGGCAAAGUGAUAAACUAUUUGAUAUUCCUCACAAGCAUAUGGUCAAAGUGGGCAUGACUUAUGAACUUUGACAAUGAUCAGUCAGAAAGGAACC